AUUUUCUAGACUUUUUAUGUGUCUCUGUUAAGCUUUGCAUAUUGCUUUGUGAUUUUUAAAACUGCUCAUCUGUUGUAGGGACAGAAAAAUGUGAGUGUGGAGUUUUCAAUCAUGGAAGACUUGAGAGAGAAGCAGCUGUCAGUCCUUUUAAUGGAUCUCAGGGAUACAAAAGAGGAAUUAGAGCAACUUACAAAGAAAGUGACCAAGGAAGAUACUUUAGAUACCUGUGGAAGCUGGAUGAGUGAGGAAGUGGAUCAUGUUACAGACAGGACUGUUAGUCAAGCAGAAGACACAGCCAAUACCUACCUUUUACAGAAGGGUACUGUUCAGGAAAUCAGUCUCACUGCCACUGAGGAGCAAAGCAGUCUUAUGCAUGAGACAACCAUUCAUGUGACAGAGCAUUGGUCCGAGAGUCAUCUUGAGACAACUACACAAGUCACUCAGACAAAGAACAUGGACCUCAAAACUAAUGAUCAGAUUCUGUCACUGAAACAGCAAGUGUCUGAACUUCAAGUUCAACUUGAGGCUUUGGGUAUUGAGAAGGAUUCGCUUGCUGUUAAGCUACAUGCUAUGCUGCAGGAGCAUAAAAUAACAGAAAGCCUGCAGAGGACUGACAGAGAACUUACUGACACAGAAAAAAAGAUGACCAUGUAUGAAAGUCAAAAUAUGCUUGCUGAACAAGUGAGCAGUUUGGAAAAUGAGUCUAGGUCCAAAGACUUAAAGAUCAUGGUUCUGCAAGAGGACCUUGAUAAGCUAAAUGCUCUGCUAUCCGAUAACCAGACUCGACUAAAGGAGAAGGAAAGUGAUUUAAAAAACAUUACUGAAAGUUUGAACCAGAGCCAGUCCAAGGAAAGGCAGCUCUCUGAGGCAUUUGCUGCAAGUGAAAGUGUAUUGGUGUCGGUGCAAAAUUUGAUAUCUGAUAAGACCAAAGAGAUAGAAAGUUUGCAGUCUUGUUUAGCAGAAAAAGAUGAACAGGUUGCAGAGAUAAGUCAUAGUCUAUCUGAUAAGAUUGUCCAUCUGAAUGAAGAAAAACAUUCCAUGAAAAAAGAGAUAAACAAUCUAAAAGAAAAGUUAAGAUCUGCAACUCAAGGUAAGAAUUUAGAGCUGGAGCAGUCGAUUCAGAGGAAAGAAAGAAAGUCUGAGCUGCAGAACAUGCUGGAGCUUACUCAAAGAGUGGAGGAGGAGAUGCAGCUGGAAGGAGUACAAAGUCAGAAUUCAGAAAACAAGGGUUCGGUUUCACAUAAAAUAGAGCAGCAAACACAAGAGAAUCUACAGCACCAAGAAAUGCUUCAAAAUGUUGUAAGAGAACAAAAUGAUCUGCUUGUUCCACUGCCGUCAGUAUGUCAUGAACAUCUACAGCAGGUAGAAUUGGUAAAAAGGCUUCAAACUGCGCAAGAGGAGCAGAAAAUACUGACUGAUAAUGAAGACGUUGGUUCAGUGCAGGAUCAGCUAAAGCAUUGUAGGACAGAGAAUGAGCAACUGAAGAAAAAGUUACAAGUAGCUCUUGCCAAUAGAAAGGAGUUGCUGAAGAAGGUGUCAGUAUUGGAGAAAGAACAAGAAAAAACUAAUGCUUCAUUGCUAGCCACAAAGGACUUUCUUUUUAAUGAAAAUGAUGAGUCUAUUCCACAAAAAGUGUUAGAGAAGAAUAUCACUGAGGUAUUUCUAAAACAGCAGCUUCUUGAACGGGACGCUGAAUUGGAGGCAGUAAAACAAGAGCUGAUGCAAAAUAAGCUCAGUGUGGAGAGGCUUGAAAUUCUAGUUAAAGAAAUGACACACGAACUAGCAGAAAAGUCCAACCUAUCAGGACAUGUUAACACAGCACAAAUGGAAAACCUGUGCGUAAUUAAAACGUCAGAAUCUCAGAACUUGACUUCAGAUCUUAUUCACUCCUCAGACCAUGAAAAUAACAGACUGAAGCUGGAAAGUAUAAUCCUGAAUCUGGAACAAGACAAAGAAAAUCUGCAGAAAAAGGUGCAAGAGGCUCUAAAUUCCCGCAGAGAUACUAUUAAAAAAGCACAAGAAAAAGACAGACAUCACCGUGAGCAACUAAAGCAGCACAAGGAAGAAUUCAAUCUUUUACAGGAGAAGUGUGAGGAAUUGCAGAGGAGUCAGAAAGUGCUUAUUGGACAGUGCUGUCAAGAGAAAGGGACACAAACUAUUGAUCUCUAUCCAGCUGGUAGGCCGCAAAAUUCAGAAGCCGAAGAGCCAGCCUCAGUUGUUCUCUCUACAAAGAUUUCUCCCAUUGAGCAGAAUGUUCAAGACUCUAACUGGGGAAAUGACUGGACAGAGCUCUCAAACAUAGAAGAUAAAGAUGCAAUUAACCACAAUUCUUCUCAAGGUGCAGAAAUGCUGGAGGACUACAGGACACAGCUCAAAUAUUUGCAGACCCAAAAAACUGAGCUGGAGUUUAGAACUGUCUGUCUUGAAAGGGACCUUGCUGGCCGCUUAGAAGAAAUUUUAAAUCUGCAGGAGACUGUAGUUAAUGUAACUGGGUCACUAAAGAAUGAGAGAGAAAAAUGUCAAGAGUCUGACAUUCAAGCUGCAACAAUGAAGGCAGCACUGGAAGACCAACUGCAGGAACUGGAGUUAGAAACCAAAAAUAUGAGAGAAAUGUUAAAUCUUAAGAAUGAUGAGAUUAAAAAUCUUAGAUUGAUGCUUGAAGAAAGGAAUACAAUACUUGAGGGCUUGAAAAUAUCUGUGCAGGAGAAAGAGGAGCUGAUUACUUCUCUAAAAUGUCAACUAGAAUGUCAAGUGAAAGAGCUUGCACUAAGUAGUCAUAAACUGGAAAUGCAGCAAAACAAACAAGAUGAUGAUGCACAGGAAGCAAAGAGCAAACAGCAACUUCAAAGAAAGCUACAGGCAGCACUUAUCUCAAGAAAAGAGUUACUGAACGAAAUAAAAACCCUAAAAUCAGAACUAGGGACAACCCAUAAAUACAAAGAAGAACUCAACAACAGAUUGCAAGCUGCUGAGACUUCUAUCAACCAUCUGAAUGAAGAGAAACAUCAAAUGCUUGAGAAUUUUUCUAAGCAGAAAGAUGAACGAUAUAAACUAAUUGAAGAAGUUGAUAAACGUCUGUUAGAAAUUCAAAGUCUUGAAACCUCGUGCGAAAGCUUGAAAUUAGCUCUUGAAGGUAUUACACAAGAGAAGGCGAUUCUAGAAAAUGAGCUUAAGUCUAUAAAAGAUGAACAUGUCUCAGAAACAUCUGAAUAUAAAGAAAAAAUAUCUGAGAUGAAGAAAGAGUAUGAAACUCUUCUUCAGUCUUAUGAAAAUGUCAGCAAUGAGACAGAUCGGAUGAAGAGAGCUAUGGAGACAGUCAGGCAGGAGAAGCAGGAGAUCUUAAAUAAGCUUACAGCUGUAGAAUCUGCAAAGGCUGAUCUGGUGAAGCAAAUAGAAGAGACAGAGGCAGAAAUUGAAAAUAUGAAGGAAAAAAUGCGCAAGUUUGCAAAAUCUAAGCAACAAAAAAUAUUAGAAUUAGAAGAAGAGAAUGAAAAAUUGAGGGGAGACAUGGAACCUUAUGACAAACAGCGACAAUUGCUUAACACAACUAAGGCAGAAAAUGCAGAGCUCAGAACAAAAGUGGAAACACUUAGAUCAGAGAAACAGGCUCUGGCUGCACAAAUAGAAUCACUACAUUUGGAAAAAGUGACAGAGACAGAUGUUAUAAGUUCCCAGUUACAAAGCAUUGAAGCCACAUUUCAGGAUGUUUUAGAAGAGGAUGUACCAGGCUCCCAAGAUAAUCUGAAUGAUUUAUGCCCUCCUUCCACAAACACUGAAGAACCAGAGGGAAAUGACCUGGUACCGCAGGUGCUGGACCAAGACAAACAGACCCAAGAAGACCCCAAGGAAAGUGUGCGUGAUUUCAUGAAUGAAACGGAGACAUUGAAAACGCAAUUGUUGGCACUGAAGGAUGAGAAAAACAAAACAGAGCUCAAACUGGCAGCCGUAUUGGAUGAGAGAGGAAACAUGCAGAAAAGGGUAUCUGAUUUGGAAACCAACUGUGAGAAAAUAAAAAAGGAAGUAGAUGAAGUAAUCAAACAAAAAGAAAUUGUUGAAUUUGAAAAGGAUGAGCUUGAGGAGCGCUUAAUGAAUCAGCUGGCUGAGCUGAAUGGGAGUAUAGGAAAUUACCAGCAGGAUGCCGUAGAACACCAAAUGAGGAACGAGAGCCUGCAGCGCCAGUUACGUGACUUACAGCUCCAGCUGGAGGAAGAGAAGAGACAGUUAGAGAGGCAAAGAGCAGAAGCAAUGUCACAGGUGCAAAAAGAUUAUGUAGAGAAGUUAAAGUCUGUGUAUGAAGGAGAGAAAGGAAAGAAGACUCAAGCAAAGAAACUCCAUGAACUGCUCAAGGAAAAGCAGCAGGAAAUUUGGCACCUACAGAAAGACUGCAUCAAUUACCAGGAAACCAUCAGUGGGUUAGAGAGGGUCAAUAAAGCUCUGGUUUUCAAGCAAAGUGAGUCUGAGAAGGAAAUGGCAACAGCUAAUGAAAGGAUUGCUAAGGCUAUGAAUGCCACAGAGCAAGCAAGGGCUGAAUUAGCUUCUCUCCAUGUGCAGCUUGAUGACACCCAAAGUGAGGCUGCCCGAGUCCUUGCAGAGAACAUGAAGCUGAAAGAGGAUGUGCAAGCGUUAAGAGAGAAUAUUGUAUCAGCACUUAAACGAAAAGAGGAUGAUCUGGAAAAGAGGCUAGAACAGGAGAGAGACAAACAUGUAAAAGAUGUUGGUAAUAUGCAGGAGCAAGUUAACUUUCUGCUGCUUGAGAAGAAACGGCUUGAAGCCUCCAUCAAGGAUCUACAGUUGACACUGGAUACAAAGACUAAGGAAAUAAAGGAUCUUGAGGGAAAUCUAACCCAAAACUUAGCAAAACUUGCAGCCUUUUCCCGGAGCAUGUGUUCCCUUCAGGAUGACAGAGAUCGUGUCAUUGAAGAGUCCAGGAAAUGGGAUCUUAAAUUCACGGAAGCCAUGCAUAAGAAAGAUAAAGAAUUAACCGAGAAGGAGAAAACCUUGGAAGCUGCCAAGAAUGAGCUGAGCGAGAUAACAAAACAAAUGGAAGCACUGCAUACCCAAGUAUCCAGGUAAAGCCCGCUGCGCAACCUGCCAUCAUUAACUU